UACUACCCCACUCCACCCAAAAACCAGUCAUGAACCAUCUCAACCAUCAGAGGAACUCACUCAGGGACCACCAGCUACAGUCACUCAACUCACUACUCAGCUUCAACAACCCACAGCAACAACAGCAACAACAGCAGCAGCAGCAGCAACAACACCAACUGAAAACAGCAGCAACAACCACCAACCUACCAACCUGGAAGGUACUCGUACUCGAUAAACAAUCUCAGGAUGUCCUAGCAACCACACUCAGAGUACAAGACCUCAGGGAACUAGGAGUCACCCUUCACAUGCAACUCAAUGCCGAUCGACCACCCUUGCCUGAUGUGCCGGCUGUCUACCUGGUCAGCCCAUCACGUGAAUCGAUCAAACGGAUAGCAAUCGACCUCGAUAAGGGCCUCUAUGAAUCCUUCUAUCUCAACUUCACUAGUACCCUAUCCAGACCACUGCUCGAAGAACUAGCCAGUCUGGUAGUCGAAAGUGGCUCGGACUCACUGAUCGAACAAGUUUAUGACCAGUUUCUGGAUUUUAUCGUACUCGACCCCAAUCUAUUCUGUCUCUCCUCUCCAACUGGAACCACAAAUCUCAAUCCAAGCAACUCGCUCAAAAGAACUACCUAUGAAGCCCUGAAUGACCCAAAAGCAUCUGAACAAGAGAUCGAAGGAAUCGCCGAUCAGAUCGCCAAAUCUCUCUUCAGUGUAGUCGCAACAAUGGGUCAAUUGCCGAUCAUUCGAUGUCCUCGUGGAAAUGCAGCCGAAAUGGUGGCCAGAAAACUUGAUAGCAAACUAAGGGAUUAUGUACUUUCUACUCGUUCCAACAGUGUCUUCACCUCUGAAGGCAGUCGGCCAGUCCUUGUCAUUCUCGAUCGGAAUCUCGACCUCGUCCCCAUGAUCAGUCAUAGUUGGACUUACCAAGCCUUGGUUACUGAUGUACUCGAGAUGAAGUUAAACAGGGUCACCGUUGAGGCUCCUGAAAGUGGUAAACUACAGAAAAAAACCUACGAUCUGGAUUCGAAAGACUUCUUUUGGGCCAAAAACUCUUGCAAACCGUUUCCAGAAGUAGCAGAAGAGAUCGAUACCGAAUUGACAAAGUACAAAUCUGAUGCAGCAGAGAUCACUAGAUCGACAGGAAUCGGCGAUAUCAAUGAUGUAUCUCAAAUCGAUCUCACAUCCAAUGCAGCCCAUCUCAAGGCUGCCAUCACCGCACUACCCGAGCUCACCGCACGAAAGACCACACUAGAUACUCACAUGAACAUAGCUACCGCCUUACUCCAAGGGAUCAAGAACAGAGGACUGGAUACACUCUUCCAGAUGGAAGAAUCGAUCACCAAGCAAACCCGACAAGCUUUACUCGAACUCUUGAAAGAUUCAUCCAAAGAUCCCACAGACAAACUCCGGUUGAUGUUGGUCUAUUAUCUGAGUAACCAGGAUGUUUCCAAAGAUGAGCUACUAGAGUAUGAGAGACUGCUCAAAGAAUCCGGGCUCGAGAAAUUCGGCACCUGGGAGUACGUUAAAAAGAUUAGGGAGAUCUCUCGGAUGACGAAUUCGAUGGCUCUAGCCUCGGCUAGUGUUGCUGCCCCACCUGCAUCGACUGGUACAGGAGGGGAGCUCUUCCGAGGAUUCAGUUCGAUCAGUAAUCGCCUAACAGAUCGCUUGAAAGAAGGCGGAUUAGGAGGAGGGAUCGACAACAUCUUAUCGGGCGUCAAGAACUUCCUGCCCGGUCGAAAGGAUUUCAUUAUCACCCGACUCAUCGAGGCCUUGAUGGAUCCGGCCGCCGCCUCAAACCAAGCCCUGGCGGACAUCGACGACUAUCUGACCCUCGAUCCCCGCUCCUCUCGCAACUUUUCGGCCCCUUCGCAUCAGAAUAAGAAGGCUAAUCGGAUCACCUUUGCCGAGGCUAUCGUGUUCGUCGUUGGUGGAGGCGGCUACGUCGAAGCUUCUAACUUACAGGAAUUUGCUGCUCGAUCGUCUAAUUACGGAGGUGGUGGUGGUGGCGCUGGGUCUACUGGGCCCGGUGGAAUUGGUAGUGGAAGUAAGAAAAUCACGUAUGGGGCUACUGAGAUCUUGUCUCCUCUCGAAUUCAUAUCAUGUUUACACAACUUAUCUCAGCUAUAAAUUUCCUCCCUUUCUCCAUAUAUAUUAUCCAAUCAAAAAAUCAUUUUGUUUUCUUACAUUUGUUCUUGUGGUUUUAAUUAUUAUUGAAGAAACCCCUUUGAUGUCAACUUUGUCCGGCUUUUUUCACCAUUUGCUUAGCCUGUUUGUGAUAUAUACAUUAAAUUUACAUGUAUUUUUGUCAUCGAGUUCUUUCUCUUUCUCUUCUUAUGCCACUAACCAUAACCCACUUACAACUUAACAAGACCGUAAAGGAACAGGGCAGAUCCUUGAUCUCAUUGUGUCCAAUAUUUUGCUAUCACUUUCUCUUGUUUUUUUUUUUUUUUCAAUUACUUAGUGAAAGAUACUAAGAGAGUUUUGACUGAUUGUCUAAUAGUUUUGUUUUUUGUUAUGAGAAUUGAAUAUUUCUUUUUUAGGAGAAACAAA